UAUUUGGCAUCCGCUUGUCAUUUGUGGAUAUUUUGCCUUCUCCGGUGCGUUCUCUUCCACUGGCCCAACCUCUGGCCGAGCCCCUGGCCGCCCAACCUCACUUGUGCCUACCCUAUGAUCACACAGCCUCUUGCUCCACCUCCGGCGCCGCGCCAGGCGGAACCUCGGGCCCCGCGCCUGGCCCGGCCUCUGGCCGGCCAAGUCUAUCUCUGGCCGAGCCCCGCCUGUCCUAGCCGGCUCGGCCUAUCUCGGGCCCGGCCUCUGGCCCAACGAGGAGCCGCCGCCCCGGGGGAUCGGGCUUCUGAGCCGCGGCACCUUCGGCACCAGCUUCGGCACCAGCUUCGGCACCAACUUCGGCACCAGCUUCGCAACCAACCUCAACACCGGCUUUUUUCCAACUUUUCGCUAA